GACUCACAGUAAAAACCUAAAAGGAACAACAAAACAGGCUCGUAUGUCAGCCAAGGGACUCGUCUUGCUGCCCCUCUUGGCUUCUCUCCCCCAACCCACCCCCACUCUCAUUUAAUACUACUUACCGGUGUCCAUCUUUACUUGACCGUCCUGCCAAUAAUUGUAGUCCCAACCCAUCUCCAUGCCUGCCUGUAUCUGUGCUCAGUCUCAUUGGGUGCUGGUAAUGUGAGCAGAGUGGAACCUACCUCCUCUUCUCCCUUCACAUUUAUUGUUCCUCUUUGAUGUCCCCAUCUCAGGAACUGAAUGGUUGGGGAGCUUAAAACCAGUUCCGCCACUUACUGCCACUGCUGCCUAUUAACCUUUUGGGCUUGUGCUUUUGCUUUAACCCCCCACUCCCCACCUUCCAAAUCUUCCUCCUCCUCUGUUUCAUCUUUGCUAGGUUCCUUGGGGAUUUGUGACUUACAAAUCAAUUCUGCCGCUGAUUACUUCCCGGCGUGCUGCUGGCUUACGUGUUCUUGGAUUCUUAUCUUUACUUCUCGAUUUGCUUCUUGCACUAUGAGAUCUCUUGCCAAGAUCAGUCCAUUUUGUUUGUUAGUCUUGGCCCUGCAGUUGGUUUACCUGUUCUUUGAUUCCUAGGCUUGCUUCUUGAUUUGCUUCUUUCCACCCGUUUGCCAAGACUGGGUUUCUUGAUCCGGCUGCUGGGGGCCAACUUGGUUUUUUGGCUUGUCAACCCUAUUCCUGGUUCACGCAGUCCCACUCCCCUCUUUCUUCGCUUCUUAUCCAGGUUGCCACUUGUCUCUGUUGGGAUCUCCUCUGGUCUCGGUUCUCUUUGAUUAAGGCCGUGCUUGAAUCUGUAGAGGGGGAGCCCUAGUGUGUUGUGACAUGAAUUGGUGAGGAAGGACGCAAGAUUUGACAGAGAGAGGCAGAGAAGUGUAGUUUGGUGUGAGGAGAGAGUGACAAGAGGAAGGAAAGGGAAAGAAAGGAAAAGGUUACGAUAGGGUGAAAGAGAUAAGAGCUCAGUGCAUAACAUAGCUGUAGGGCGCUUUGAGGUGUUGCUUUCAUGGACUGGGAUCUGAAGAUCCCCCCAUGGGAUUUGGCCGAAUUGGAUCGUGACGCCGUACCAAGCCUCGGCUCCUUGGUGGCCGGACCAACCGGCGGUUCUGCCCCGCGAAGCCCCUUGAGCGGUCCGGGUUGCUCCAUCGAUCUGAAGCUUGGGGGAGUGGGUGAUUCUGGGUCAUCAUACAGGUGGAAGGACCACCCCAGGAUCUCGUCUACGACGAUGGUAUCUUCAUCUUCUGGUCCAUCGAAGAGGCAACGGGCUUCGAGCAAUGCGAGCCAGAUUGCCUCGUGCUUGGUUGAUGGGUGCAAAGCAGAUCUUAGCAAGUGCAGGGAAUACCACCGCCGCCACAAGGUCUGUGAGGCUCACUCCAAGACUCCUGUGGUUCUGGUCGGCGGCCAAGAGCAACGCUUCUGCCAGCAGUGCAGCAGAUUUCAUUUGCUUGUAGAGUUUGAUGAGGUAAAGCGUAGCUGCAGGAAGCGUCUUGAUGGACACAACAGACGUCGAAGGAAACCCCAGCCGAGUUCUGUAAAUUCAGGAACCAAAUACUUGGCAUACCCUCAAAUCUUUCCACCCACCUCAACAGAAUCAAACUGGGCUGGAAUUGUCAAAACAGAGGACAGCACAGGAUAUACACAGUGCACAGUUGCAGAUCUCAUCAUCAACAGGAACCCUUUUCUUUCCGACUCUUCUCACCGCUACAGCAAGGAAAGAAAGCAGUUCCCUUUCUUGCAAGAGAGCGAGACCAGCCUCAGCAGCAUAAGCACACUUGGAUCUUUAGUAGGCCAAACACAUUUUAUGACAAGCACCAUGUCUGGAGUCGGCAGCAGCAGCAACAAGAUGUUCUCCAAUGGGCUAUCCCAAGUACUCCACUCCGAUUGUGCUCUCUCUCUUCUGUCAUCGCCGACACAGACAUCGGGCAUCAAACUAAGCCAUGGUAUGCCAUCAUCUGAUCAAAUCCCCAUGGCUGAGCCUCUUGUUCCAAGUUUGCAGUAUGGCAAUGUCACACGGUACUCUCACUCUGCACCAAGAAAUGUUUCACCGGUGGAAUACUCGUGUUCGGUCAUGGGCAACAAUCAUGUGAGCACUGUCUUGGCUUCCGAUGAUGCUACCGAUGCUGAUAUCCAUUGUCAGAGUAUAUUUCAUAUCGGGGACGAAGGCCCCUCCGAUGGGACCUCUCAAGCUCUUCCCUUCUCUUGGAAUUAGUUAGGGUAUCCUCCGAGAGCUGUCAUCGAACAGAGCAGAGUCUCAUCAUCCUUCCUCUGUCAGGAUUUCUCAAGCUACUUGUUUGAUGGAGUUAUCUGCAUUUAGUUACUGACCACUUCUGGAAUCAGUCAUCUAGGAGCCUAUAUCAUGGUCUUUGACAUUCUGCAACUCACGGUGGCUGGAGCUAUGAAUUUUGUGUUAUCUGCUUCUACUCAUCUGCAGUAUAAAUCAUUCUCCAAGAAAUUCUUGUUUCAGACACAUAUUUAAUGUUUCGUUUUGGAGGAUUCACUGAUACAGACUUGGGCUUUCGCGGAAGCUGACGAGCUUGAUGUCCUGGAUUUGGUUUGUACCUGUAAUUGAUCUCCCUGCAGUCAUUGCAAGGUGGAUGGCCAGAUCAACUAUUCAGAAAUAUCAAUCAUGAGGCUUGUAAAAUGAGAUUGAAUCAAAUAAUGCUUGAGAGCUUCUCUUAGAACGAACACUCACAGAUUGGCCAUGAAAAGUCAAAUCAUAAGGCCCACUGUUCUCUAAACUUCCAAUUAUUUGAUUGUGGAGCUCAGACAUGCAAUAGUUGAUACUGCAGAUCAUGGAGACGGUAACUAUGUACCUUGGAGGAUCGCCUUGAUUCUUCCUUGAUGUCAGUUCGAUGGGUGCUUGAAUCUUGUUUUCAUUCUUUUUCCCAUACCAUGUACCUGUUAGUGUUCCAUGGCUGUUCGAGGACCUCUUUGUUGCUGCAGAGUUUGCACAUAAAAUUAGUUACAAGCAUCUUGGAUUGGCUGAUGCUCCUGUGGGUUGGGUGUUUCUAUAUGAGAGGCUACAACAAGGGCAGCCAUCGCUUAAUCUUUAUAUGAUACAGAAGUACAUGGUAGAUAGAACUCACCAUUUAUGGCUUCACACACUUUGUGGUAUCAGACCACCAUUCAUGGCUUUCCAUGGAGGUAAUCCUGCUGUUGUUUAUCUCAGUAACUAGAACUGAGACUAAUUCAUCCAUCACUGGGCUGAGCUCUAUGAACAAUGCAAUUGGUCUAUUAUUUAGUUUUUGAUGAGUUCUGUCACAAUCAUAUUAGUUACCGGUAAGCUAAAGUUUCUGAUGGAUUUGUUUCUUCAAGUGAUGUAUUAUGUUAUACUUGUUUUAGACAAAAUCACACACAUAUAUAUUCUUCUAAUUUUAAUUUUUGCAUAGAUAUAUUUUGAUGAAACUCAAAAGCUUGCUGAUAUGUUCCCAUAGUUAGUUAAUACUUGUAAACGUACAGUAGCAUUGAUUUCAUACACUACUGAGUUUUUUGAGUCAAAAGGCAAAAAAAAAAAAAAAACCAUAGAUAUCGUUCUUUUUAUUGUAAAAUGCUUUCAUGUUGAAAAAUGUAUAACAUAGUGUGACAAGUGCUUAAUUAUCAUAUAUCUUAUAAUGAGUUUUGUUGUGACACAGGCUGUUUGGACGAGUAAAUAUCGAUUGGCACCCAAUGCUCCGAAAAAGAGAUUACAUGAUUUGCUAGCUUUCACCCGUUCGAUUCAAGAUGGGGAAAGAAAGGAGUAGCGGUUGCCUUCUUCGAGCGUCGUGCGGGUCCCAACAACGGUCCUGGUGGCCCCCGCCUAGCUUGCUCUGGUUGUCCGCAUACCGUUUAUAUACGACUAAAAAAUCGACCGUGAAAGUUAAUGGAUGACGCAAUGGAGACGGAGUCGUCUGUCUGUUUGCGGGACUCGAAGUGACCAUACUACCCUCCCCUGCUUUCGCUUUCUUCCCUCGGUAACCCACAAACCCUCGCUUCGAUCCGCAUUGGGUUUACGGUGGGCGAUGAGGCCUCGAGCACUAAUCUUCUUCGAACCCCGCAGUGGAUGCAUUGGGUUCCGAUGCUCUUGUAACUGUGGGCCAAAACAGAUGGAGCAGGGUCAGAAGGGCUGUUUUCCCAGUGUGUUCUUGAGAUCACUCUCGUUGACUUGCCUGGAACAACAAAGGUGCCACUUGGUGACCAAGCAAAUGACACUGAAGCCAGGAUUAGAAUGAUGAUUUCGUCGUACAUCAAACGUAAGACUUGCAUUAUAUUAGCAGUUUCACCAGCGAAUGCA